CCACUACUCCGUUGCCCACCUGUGUUUGCUGUGCUACUUCAACAGCGCCGAACACACUACUUGAACAAGUGGACAUCUACACAUCUAGAAAUUGCUAAGUCGGACAUGUCUAACACAGGGAACUUCUAUCGGGAGCCGGACUUCGAGACGCUGCAGUUACACGCAGGUCAAGAGCUUGACUCGACCAGGGCUCGUGCCCCUCCCAUCUAUGCCAGCACUUCGUUCGUGUUCAAUGACUCUGCGCACGGUGCAGACCUCUUCGGUCUUCGCACCUUCGGGAAUCUCUAUUCCCGCAUCGGAAACCCCACCGUCGAUGUUUUCGAGAAGAGGAUAGCAGCGCUCGAGGGCGGAGUGGCCGCUGUUGCGACGUCGAGUGGACAGGCGGCUCAGUUUAUGGCUAUCGCUGCCAUUGCGGGGGCUGGGGAUAAUAUCGUUUCGACGAGUUACCUCUAUGGUGGCACGUACAAUCAAUUUAAAGUGUUUUUGAAGAAAUUCGACAUUCAAGUCAAGUUCGUCACUGAAGAUGACCCGGCCGCUUUCGCGGCAGCCAUCGACGAGAAAACGAAGGCGAUAUAUGUCGAGAGUAUCGGGAACCCGAAGUAUAAUGUCAGCCCGAUUGCAGACAUCUCCAAGAUUGCACAUGAACACAAGAUCCCGCUGAUCGUGGACAACACAUUCGGAAUAGGAGGAUACCUCAUCCGCCCCAUCGAGCUCGGCGCCGACAUCGUCGUCCACAGCGCUACGAAAUGGAUCGGCGGGCACGGAACGACAAUCGCGGGCGUCAUCGUCGACUCUGGAAAAUUCGACUGGACAUCCGGUAAAUUCCCCUCCUUCACCGAGCCCGCAGAAGGAUACCACGGCCUCCGUUUCUCCGAAACCUUCGGCGCCAUCGCCUUCGCUAUCAAAGUGCGCGUCGAAAUCCUCCGCGACCUCGGCGCGUGCCAGAACCCGUUCGGCGCUUUCCUUCUCCUGCAGGGCCUUGAGACGCUGUCGUUGCGCGCGGAGAGGCAUUCGGAUAAUGCGCUUGCUGUUGCGAGGUAUCUGGAGGGGCAUGAGAAGGUGAAGUGGGUUAGUUAUCUUGGGUUGGAGAGUCAUAAGAGUAAGGAGUUGGCGGAUCAGACGUUUAGGGUUAAGGGGAAGUAUGGGGGCGUUUUGAGCUUUGGGGUUAAGGGGGGCGAGGAUCCGAAAGUGGGGAGUACGGUUGUGGACUCGUUGAAGUUGGCGAGUCAGCUGGCGAAUGUUGGUGAUGCGAAGACGCUUGUCAUCCAUCCGGCCACGACGACCCAUGUACAACUGACGGCGGUGGAACAGCUCGCGAGUGGUGUGACGCCAGACCUAAUCAGGGUUUCGAUUGGCAUUGAGAACAAGGACGACAUCAUCGCCGAUUUCGAGAACGCAUUGAAGACCGUUCCUUGAUCGUGAUAUAGACACGCGUUGUGAGAAGAACUUGAAAGCUGUAUGUUUGUACUGGUAUCUUUAAUGAUGUAUGCUCGACGGGAGAUCCAAAGUGACGGCGUUAUUCGCUGGAGGG